AUGUAUGAACCACCGUCACGGCAAGCCUGCGAUCGCUGCCACGAUCUCAAAUUGCGAUGUCACCGGAACGAUGCAGGGAAAUGUAGCCGUUGUCAGAGAGCUGGCGCCAGCUGUGUGUUCAGUCCCUCCAAUCGCGGUCGCCGACCGAACCAUCAACUUCGCCGAUCCGACUCCCAAACAUCCAAAUGGAUGAGCGACGGACAGUCGAAUGUAAAAUUAGCACCUCAAAUAGCACAGCGCCUGAGACCACAUUUGGCCAACUUGGACGCACAGAACCAGUUGAGUACUCCGGAUCCCUCUGGGAUAUGUGGGCUGGAGAGCGCCAACCACUCGUACCGGGGUCGCCAAUACCCGGAAGAUGACUGCCAGGAGCAGCCUCACACUAUAAAUGCCGAGAAUACACCACUUACCACUGCCGGGCCGUCGCUACCGGACCUAUGUAUCGGCGUAGAUCCCAGCGUCACAAUACCGGAAGGCUUUCCACGGUCGCUGAGUCUUUCGGACGCACCCAUGGAUUCUGAUGUCUUUGCUCGCUUCACUCGUCCAAGCGAGGCAACCCUCACUCCGAUCACUGAUACCCACCUCUCUUUCCUUGAGCCCUUCUCGGGACUGGGUGUGCCGGAGACUGUUCCCCCAGAAAAUGGUGCUGGCCCAACCCGGCAUUUGGACCUGUCACAAGCAGCUGAUGGCGGUCGCAAGGUCGGUCCACAGACGCGUUUUCUACAGCAGUUUAUGGAAGACCUCUUGGAGCUCGAUAUAGACUUGAUCCGGCACACCUUAGAGGAUCCUGUUGUAUUCGAUUCCACUUCAAUGAACACAAACCCGGGCGGAAAUGGUAGCACUACUCCCACCUCUGACUGCGCGAUUGACACGACUUUCGUUCUCACCCAACGUUUCAUUAACCUUCUGCGUCGCGGGGGCAACUGGACUGCCCAGACCAAUACUGCACCGAACUCGCAAUGGAAAUCGCCGCUGGUUGGAUCAUCCUCAUUUUCCUCACGGUUCCAGCAGAUGAUCAUCAAAGCCACCCCCCAGAGCACCCCCGGCUUUUCAGAGAUCGACUCUCAGCAGCCGGAGACGGCCCUCGACCAAGCAUCACUACUACACGCUCUAUCUACUUACCUGCGGCUCAUCGAAACGUACCACAUCACGUUCUCGCAAACCGCCGACAAAUUUGGCACUGCCCUGGCUGAGGGCUCAGCUAUUCCACUCCCCUCGUUGCAGAUCGGUGCCUUCGCCAUGGACGAUCCCGCAGGGCACAUCGUAUUGGUGAUUCAAUCGGCGUUACAAUUGCUCGAUCGCCUGGGAGACCUGGUGAACAAGCUCACGGCCCCUUUCUUGGCCGAGGAGAUGGGGGAUAUCGACGUCAGUCGGCCCCCAAGUCCUCCCAACGGCCACAACGCCGUCAAGAUGAUCAUGGUGGCGGUUCGCGAACGCGAAAGCCAAUUCAUGCAGGUAGCAGCACGGCUGCAGAGCUGCUGUCGCGAGGUCCAGCGGUUGCGCGGCUAA